AUGACACAGGCGCGUACUUCGACAGCACAAUUAGAAGAAGAGCUGGCCCAGAUCAGGCGCUAUGAAGACUUUAGCACCAUUGACUGGGUCAAGGAUGCCAUCAUUGAACGUUAUCGCCAGUCAUCUAUCCAAACACAGAACAGAAAUGAUACCUCAUGGAGGGCUUGGCGUAAACUUACCUAUGAAACCACUCAGACCUGGAUUGUAGUGACUUUAGUUGGGGCUGCAAUUGGUCUUAAUUCGGCAUUGAUUGCCAUUGUAACCGACUGGCUGUCUGAUAUCAAGCUUGGCUAUUGCUCAGAAGCUUGGUGGUUAAACCAAAAGUUCUGUUGCUGGGAAAUCGAAGCGAGGGAUGGAAGUUGUGAGAAUUGGAUCCAUUGGAGUCAGGCACUACAUAUGGGUCCAGAUGUUUUUGUAGUCAAGUGGAUUUUUUAUGUUUUUUGGGCAACGUUGUUUGCGACAACAUGCGCUUAUCUAGUAAAGGUGUUUGCACCAUAUGCGGCUGGAUCGGGUAUAUCUGAAAUUAAGUGUAUUCUUGCUGGUUUUGUCAUGCGUGGAUUCUUGGGAAGUUGGACACUGAUGAUGAAAAGUGUUGGUUUGACCAUGGCAGUAGCUUCUAAUUUAUCAAUCGGUAAAGAGGGUCCUUCUGUUCACAUGGCCUGUUGUGUUGGAAAUGUUAUAUCCCGCUGUUUCCAGAAAUUCAGGACAAGUAAAGCCGAGAUGCGUGAAAUAUUAACAGCCUCAAGUGCUGCUGGUGUCGCAGUGGCAUUUGGUUCGCCUAUUGGUGGUGUUUUGUUUGCUCUGGAAGAAAUGAGCUCAACAUUCCCUAAUCGAACAAUGUGGAAAAGUUUUUUCUGUGCCAUGAUUGCAACUAUGGUUCUUCAGGCUAUGAAUCCUUUCCGCACAGGAAAACUAGUCAUGUUCCAAGUGAGCUAUGACAGAGAAUGGCAUUUCUUUGAAUACCUUUUUGUCGUGGUGAUUGGUAUAUUUGGAGGUCUUUAUGGUGCACUUGUUAUCAAAUUCAACCUUAUUGUGGCUCAAUUAAGAAAACGAUACCUAAAAAACUAUGGUGUAUCUGAAGCUGCAGCUCUGGCCUUUUUUACGGCUUUGAUAGCCUAUCCAAAUGUGUUUAUGCGUAUCGACAUGACAGAGAUUAUGGGUAUUUUAUUCAGGGAAUGUGAAGGUGCCCAAGGUGAAAACUAUUACGGACUGUGCGAAACAAAUGGGGUGGGACGCCUUGUGGUACUUUUGUUAGUAGCUACAGUCUUGCGCACUAUUGGAACAAUUGUGACUUAUGGUUGUAGAGUUCCGUGCGGUAUUUUUGUCCCCUCUAUGGCUAUUGGAGCUACUUUCGGACGUAUGAUUGGAUUGUUGGUAAAGGCAUGGCAAGUCUCCAACCCAGACUUCUUUUUGUUUGCUUCUUGUAAUCCAGAUAUGCCGUGUAUUACUCCCGGUACUUAUGCCUUUUUGGGUGCAGCAGCUGCUCUCUGUGGAGUAAUGCGUAUCACUGUAUCUGUGGUUGUCAUUAUGUUUGAGCUGACAGGACAGAUUACUUAUAUUCUUCCUACUAUGAUUGCAUUGAUGAUUACACGCGCUGUUGGAGAUUGGUUUGGAGCUGAUGGUAUCGCUGAUCGUUAUAUUAGACUCAAUGGUUACCCGUUCCUUGACAAAGAAGAUCAUGUCUUUGGUGUUCCAGUUUCUCAUGUAAUGCAAUCCGAAAUGACCGUAAUGACGGCUACUGGAAUGAAAUUCAAAGAGAUCGAUGAAAUUCUGCGGAACACAAACUUCCAAGGCUUCCCUGUUGUUCAAGACAAUAAGAGCAUGGCAUUCAUUGGUUAUAUCGGUCGUUCAGAGCUUCGUUAUCUUCUUGACAAGGCUCGGUCUGUUUAUAAAGCUCAUGACACUACAGGUGUUCGAUUUAGCCCAGAUACAAAUGAAGAUCCAGAAGUUUUGACAAGUACAUCAGAUGUGGACCAUGUAAUACCCGGGUCUUCUGAUUUCUUGGACUUUGGGCCUUAUGUUGACCAAACACCUAUCACAGUCCACCCAAAGCUUUAUCUUGAAACGGUUAUGGAUAUGUUUAAGCAAUUAGGUCCUCGUGUGGUUCUGCUUGAACAAGGUGGAAAAUUGGUUGGUUUGGUCACAAUCAAGGAUGUAUUACGCUACAUGGCACGUAUAGAGACAUCAAAUACAACUGAUGAGGCAAUAGACGAUAUGGAACAGAGUGAUUGUAUGAGAAGUUUGAUGGCUUGGAUAUCACGACGAUCAGGAAGGACAGGGACUUAUACCCAGUUGAACUCGCAACCUGAAGAGGAGAUACAUGAGCUGCAUGGUCGGUAAAGAGAGUCGUAAUUUACUCUUUACUUGAUCGCCUCAGAUAUCUAUAGGAAUUUUCUUUAUAUACGUACAAAAAAAUCAAGGUUUUAUUAAAUUAUUUAUUUUAUACAGGUGUC